CGCGGUUUCAUCGCCCUUGGUUUCAAUAUUAGAUAAAUCUCUUCUUGUGACUCCGUUUUUUCGUUUGAACCCCCUAUCGUCCUCGACACAUGUUUUCAUUAUGACAUCCCGCAUUCAGCAACUUCUUCUUCUGGCUUGGUCCGUGCCAACAUUACUCUCAGGCCAAGUCAGCAGUGUCGCGGCGCACAAUCUUGACUAUGUAAAUGGCGAGACCGGACUGAGCAUCGAGAGUUUAUCGAGAUCGCGAGAGUUCAAUGUACCGAGAUCAGAUGAAGAAUCGCGUCGACAAUAUUGCUUUGGAACAACACAGAACCAGCUUUAUGUUACCGACUUCUUGCAAAGUAACUUGGACAUAUUGACAGGGCAUUCGACUUGUUGGCUAAACAGAGGAGUCGCUGGUCUAAGAACUUCGCUCGAAAGAAACCUCACAUCGACGCGUCCGUCGGGUAUGCAGGUUCCGAAAUGCCCUAUCAACAUCACUAGCUCAGGCAACACCUACCUGAUCAACUUCACCAAGAACAGCUAUCACGUUAACACCAUUUCGAAACCUCUGUUAAUAAUACUGACUGGUAUACACGUGGCCGCCAUGACACUCGCUUUCUUUUUCGUAUACCCUACCAUCCUGAUCUUUUCAACCCUGAUCGCUCUUGGCGAACUCAUUGAGCGACCUUUGUUUAAAGCUCGGAUCGAAAAAUGGCAGAAGAUACUUUUCUGCGUCUUCUUCCUGCCUCUUCUGGCUAUUGGCAUGCUAUGCGGGUUGGCUGGGAUGGGAUCGUCAGACCAUUUCCGAACAGAACACGGGGUAAGUGGUAUGUCUUAUGUGCACAGCAGUGCUGACCAUCUACCCUCCAGAUCAUUGGCUUGGUCACAGCAGUUUUGGCGACGUUGGCAGUAGGAGCCUACCUCAUCGAGAACAGCCUCAGACCUAAGGUUUCAAUGAAUAGGAAAUGGCGCCGGGUGCAUAUGAUGGUUAACUACACCGAUAUCUUCCUCUGCCAGGCGGUUCUCAUGCUUUCGGGCUUCGCCCUGCCCGACGGUAUCGACGACUUCCAAGUCAUGAGCCUUUGCGGAACAAGACACAUAUCCACGUCAUUGUCGUUCUCGGUGGGUAUGAUGGUGGCGUUCAUAUGGAACAGUGCCAUGGCGGCUAUGACCCUUCAGUGGUGGCUUGUUCGCAGGGCUAGUGAGGAUAAGCCUCCUGGCAAGAUGUGGCUGCUGGUAUCACGCAUCUUCAGGCGGAAUACUGACACCUGCGAGGAUGAUGGGUAGAAGGGCGAAAGCUUCACUCAAUUCGAUUGACGGGGGCAUGAUGAGACGCGUUGAUGUAUGUGUUACGUACUAUUUGGCUGUUACGUAGGACUCGCAGCUCAGACCCAACUUCAAGUCACUUAAACUACUGGCAGUCUGCCAAGGGACUUGUAUAUUACUGGCAUAGAGCGAAUAAGUCGAUCUAUUAAAGUCUGUUAUUUAUGAAAGGAUAUUCUAUCA